UGGUCACACUCGUUGGGUGGAAAAAUAAAAACAAAGAAAAUCAGUGUGUUUUCAAAGAAUUAAAUAGGUCUUAACCCAAAGAAACCCAGCGAAAUGGAGCCCAACGAUGAGGUAGUGGAACGCCAGAAACUAGUGCCAAACGAUGUGGAAACGGAGGAAGAAGCCCAAAGCCAAAGCGCACCAAAAUCAGCUCAAACCCCUGCCUCGCCCGCCGUCCCCAAUAUUAAAAUCAAAGGAAUAUCUAGUGGGGAGACCACUCGCAGCAGAAACUCCGCCUCCUGCUCCAUAGAACGCACGAUAUCCGAAAAGGAGAAGGACAAGAGUCAGGGACAGGGUCAAGCAGCCACGAAGGUGACAUAUGUAAAUGAGCGACGGCCACGCCCACAGGCGCACGGUGGGAGUGGCGGCGGUGGCGGUGGAGAUGAACGAUUCGAAUUCAAGACCCGGCCGCGUAAAUUGCUAAAAGAUUCCGAUCAAUUGGAACCCACACACAGCAGUGCCAACAGCUUGAACGCAAUCACUUUGGUGAGCAGCGAGUGGCUAGCACCUGAUCCCCAAAUCACCAAAAACAACACCACCACUCCCAACAACAACAACAACAACAAUGAUAGCACAAAACCCAACAAUAACAAUCAGCAUAAUAAUAGCAAUCAGAAUACACCGCGAUCGCAGCGUCGCAAAAAUCCCACAGCUUCGAUGCCAAAUGCCAGUGUCCACAGCGAAAAGUUCGACGAUCGUCCAAUAAAACACCAUUCCUUUGUCUCCGAAGUUCCCGAUGUGAAGCACAUGGAGCGAGCCCUCCUCGGAUUGCUGGAUGACUUUCACUCCGGCAAGCUGAAGGCAUUCGCAGGUUCCGGCUGCACGAUGGACCAGAUGACCAAGAUCCGAGAGCAGCAGGAGAGCCUGGCCAAACUGCAUUUCGAGCUGGCUGCCGCCGAGGAAGACUCCCUGGAGCACGGCAACGAGUUCAACACCAACAAGGCGCAGGAGAACAUGCUGCAGCUGAUGCAGCGCCUGGAGCAGCUGUCCAUCUCCAUCGAGCAGCUGCAGACGAGCCACACGGGUCUCUGAGAUUUGGCCCAGCCGCAGGCCUGGGAUCAACGCCUGCUCUGGCUCUGAGCACACCGCGGAAACCAAGAGACACCAAGAGAUAUGGGAACUUAGGAUUCGGGAGUUUUACACGACACUAGCGACUUUUUAACGGGGACGGUCACCUGGGAUUUUGUGUAAAUAUUUUAAGUUGUAAGCUUAAGUGGGAGGACUCGAUGGGCUUCUUAUGCUAAAUAGUUUAGCAAACUCGCAGUGAUUGUGAAACUAAUUUAGAUUGUCUUCGCGUAGCCAUAGCAAUAGCAUAAAAUUAUUGUAGCGGGUGCCAAGUGUUGGUGCUGAAAUUGUUCAUUUCAUUACAAUUCGAUUCGAUUUGAUUAUUGUGUGCUGCAGUUUAUCAGGCUUUGAUUAUGAUGAAAAAUCUGUUCCGCUUAUUGUUUGUUAUAGUUACAUAUUUGCAAUAUACAUAUAUACACACGUAAUCAUGUACAUCUACGAAACUCGGAACCUAUUAAAGUUAUCAUUUUUAUAAUGCAUAA